AUGAAUUUUCACUUUCAGGCCACUUCGAGUGCGAAUGUGAUUCAGUUAGGUCGUGAGGAUGCGAGCACCGAACGAGGCUUCGAUUAUGCGGUAGCAAUUGUCAGUAAACGGACCGGUAAAGUACAGUACGUACCGGCCAAAUUAGUGAAUUUUCAAGCAACGUACGCAAGUGAUCCAGCACCACUGUUUGGUCACAAGCCAUCGCAGCGUAUCGAUUAUACGGUCGAUAACAGUGGCCAAAGUGAGACGUUUGCUGACGAGAGACGAGCGUUGACCACGGAGUUCGGUUCGCAUCGAAAGAUCAAAGUACAGGAAGACUUCGAGAGGAGACGAGUCAGCGAGGUGAGCAUUCUCCUUGGUUUUUAUUUGCCUCAAACACUGAAAAUAAUGAUGGAGUCAACGUUCUCAUCACCAGUCGCUGUGAAAAAGGAGGAGCAAGACGAUGAUGUGAAAACUAAUCCAUUGUCAAUAUCAUGUGACAACCAGAGCGAAGUGUUGCCGAAAGCGAAUCAGAACGCAAAUUUACCAGCGGAGGUGUAUUCUACAGACGCGUUCCUGACAGAGGAUGAGAUCAGUUCGAUCGGAAACGAUGCGGUCGCUUAUUUGAAGAGAUCGAAAGAGGAGUUGAUCGCCAGUGACGAUUGUAGUGAGUUAUUGUAUGGAAUAGUAUCGAAUGCUGUCACAGAUUGCAGAAAAGCAAGUUUGGCGUUGCUGCUAAUCGCUAUGGUUAAAUCUUUUAAGGUUUGUUUUUUGAUGAUGAUUCACUUGAACAGAAAUGUUGAUUUUGCAAGAAUUCAAAUUUUAUUCGGACUGAAUCCUCAUGUUAAUGAUGGUAUUGAACUGUUUUUUUUUUGCGGUUUUAAGAUGCUCUCCGGAAGGGGAAAAUGCUUCUUGGUAAAGCAGGACUGGGUGAAGAUUACGUCGUUGCCUGCAUCAGUUCUUGGCAAGAUUCGAGUGGAUUUCUUGCGUGCGUUCUUUUUGAUAGUUCUUCUUGAUCCGUCAUCUUUUAAAGACUGA